AUUACGGUUACUCUUCUCUAUGAAUCUUUUUAAAAACAAUUAUAGUUUGCUUUGGGAAGUCGAUAACGGCUGAUUCUCUCCUUAGUUCCUUGGGUGGAGAUGCAAGGUCUCUCUAGCAUGUGAUGCAAGCUCAUUGUAGCAUGUGAUGCUUUCUUGUGAACAAUAGCUAUCUAUUUUGCUUUCCCAAGACGUUGCUCUGGAUACAUUAAUCUGUCUGAAGUCCUACAUUUCGAGACCCAUCUUCAAUUUCUUCAGAUACAUUCCGAUCCUUGUCACAAAUCCCAAAACACCAUCAUAAAUUUUCAGCUGAUGCACCAGUUAUAUAAUUACUGUGAAGUUAGUUUUGUAGAUGUGUACAUCGUCCUUCACUUCCUAAAAUAGACGAGGUGCCUCACAUGGGAUUCUAGGAACUGGGAGCAACAAAUACUCUAUUUCCUAAAAUCAAUCGUGGGCUUUCCUACUCAGGAAAUGUCAGCUGCAGUAAUUGAAGGGAAUGAUGCAGUAACUGGUCACAUCAUUUCCACUACAAUUGGUGGCAAAAAUGGUGAACCAAAACAGACAAUCAGUUACAUGGCUGAGCGUGUGGUGGGUAGUGGUUCAUUUGGAAUUGUAUUCCAGGCAAAAUGCUUGGAAACAGGAGAAACAGUUGGCAUAAAAAAGGUUUUGCAAGAUAAACGUUAUAAAAACAGGGAGUUGCAGCUAAUGCGUCUGAUGGAUCACCCAAAUGUGGUCUCUCUGAAGCAUUGCUUCUUCUCGACAACUAGUAAAGAUGAGCUUUUCUUGAAUUUGGUUAUGGAAUUUGUUCCCCAAAAUAUGUAUCAUGUUCUUAAGCACUACAACAGCAUGAACCAGAGGAUGCCACUCAUCUACGUCAAACUUUACACAUAUCAAAUCUUUAGGGGCCUUGCAUAUAUUCAUUCGGUUCCUGGGGUCUGCCAUAGGGAUGUGAAGCCUCAAAAUCUUUUGGUUGAUCCUUUAACUCAUCAGGUUAAGAUUUGUGACUUUGGAAGCGCAAAAGUACUGGUUAAGGGUGAAGCAAAUAUAUCAUAUAUAUGCUCACGUUAUUAUCGAGCUCCAGAACUCAUAUUUGGUGCAACAGAAUACACAACCUCCAUUGAUAUAUGGUCGGCUGGUUGUGUUCUUGCUGAACUUCUUCUAGGCCAGCCGUUGUUUCCCGGGGAAAAUGCAGUGGACCAACUUGUAGAGAUAAUCAAGGUUCUUGGUACUCCAACUCGGGAAGAAAUUCGAUGUAUGAAUCCAAAUUACACAGACUUCAGGUUCCCUCAGAUUAAAGCCCAUCCAUGGCACAAGGUUUUUCACAAGCGAAUGCCUCCUGAAGCCAUUGACCUUGCUUCACGUCUGCUUCAGUAUUCUCCUAGUCUUCGCUGCACAGCUCUAGAAGCGUGUGCGCAUCCUUUCUUUGAUGAGCUACGGGAGCCCAAUGUCCGCCUCCCUAACAACCGCCCAUUGCCCCCUCUAUUCAACUUUAAGCAAGAAUUAGCUGGAGCAUCCCCUGAACUGAUCAGCAGGCUGCUACCAGAGUACGUGCGAAGACAGAUUGGUCUUAGUUUUCAACAUCAGGCAAGUACAUAAAAUGAAGACACGAAUCAACAUAUAAGUGCCGUUUACUGGGUGGAUGGACAAAAUGCAAACAAAAGCACCUUGCAAUCUGGAUAUAACCAAGUAGGUUGGCCAAACUCUGCCCUGAGACGAUUUUCAAACAUACCACUGGCUGUUUGGCUUAGCGUGGAAAAUGGUGAUUUUAGCCAAUACAUAUUGAUUUGUAUUCCCAUGUCUAGAUUUUUUUUUUCUUUUCCUUUUUCGAUCCAUAAAAUCGGAGAAAGCUGUAUGACAGAAAAGGUAUGAUUCAUGUUCUGGCUAGGCAGUGCCUCCUAAAAAAGCAAGCUUAGUAGGAGCUCGUGGAGCUUAUUGGUAGCAUGGAAUUCGAGUUGUUUUAUCCUGAUAAGUUUUCUGUACGUAUCAUUUAGUCUGUUUCCAAAUCAUAUUUAGUAUUCGAGCUUACUUUUCUUCCA